GGAAAAGAGAGGCAGCAGCGGCCUCGGCUGAAGAGAGAAGGCGGGAGUGGAGAGCGCAGGCGCGGUUGCGGACGACGCUGACGAUUUGCUUUGGGAGCUGGAGUAGCUGCUGCCCCCGGAGUCUGGAGCCAUGAGCGGGUUUAAUUUUGGAGGCACUGGGGCCCCCACAGGCGGGUUCACAUUUGGCACUGCAAAGACAGCAACAACCACCCCGGCCACUGGGUUUUCUUUCUCUACGUCUGGCACUGGCGGGUUUAAUUUUGGGGCUCCCUCCCAGCCCACUGCAAGUACCCCUUCUACCAGCCUGUUCUCACUCACUACCCAAGCGCCAGCAACACAGACCUCAGGAUUCAGUUUUGGAACCACAACUCCUGCUACUGGAGGCACUGGGUUUUCCUUAGGGAUCAGCACCCCAAAGCUAAGCUUGGGCAAUGCAGCUGCCACCCCAGCCACAGCGCAGCCCGCUGGCUUCAGCCUCGGCAGCAGCACCCUCACCAACGCCAUCUCCAGCGCCGUCACCUCCAGCCAGGGCACGGCACCCACCGGCUUUGUGUUCGGCUCCACCGCCACCUCUUCUGCUCCAUCCACCACACCCGGGGGCUUCUCGUUCACAGGUGGAAGCACGUCCCAGACUGGGGGGACCUCCAAUUUCAGCAUUGGCUCCAUGGGGAAUUCGGCCCAGCCCACGACACUUGCUGGGUUGACCUUCACUCCAGCCACACCAGCCGCCACUGGAGCAGGAACCACCCAGCCGGCUGCUCCCGCACCCACUGCUGCCACCACCAGUGCUGGACCCACACUCUUUGCUUCGCUAGCUACUGCUCCCACCUCGUCUGCUGCCACCGGGCUCUCCCUUGGUGCCCCAGCAACCACAGCUGGAACAUCUGGGCCUGGAAUGCUGGGCUUCAGCCUAAAGGUUCCUGGAGCAGCUUCUACCGCAUCCACAGCUACAUCCACCGCCACCACCACCACCAGCACCAGCAGCUUCUCCUUGAAUCUAAAACCCCUGGCACCAGCCGGGAUCCCCAGCAAUGCGCCCACUGCCAUAACCGCUCCGUCUGGCCCCAGUGCAGCCACUGGGGUGUCCACCAGUCCUGUGAUGACCUAUGCCCAGCUGGAGAGUCUGAUCAACAAGUGGAGCCUGGAGCUGGAGGACCAGGAGCGGCACUUCCUGCAGCAGGCCACCCAGGUCAACGCCUGGGACCGCACGCUGAUCGAGAACGGGGAGAAGAUCACCGCCCUCCACCGCGAGGUGGAGAAGGUGAAGCUGGACCAGAAGAGGCUGGACCAAGAGCUCGACUUCAUCCUGUCACAGCAGAAGGAGCUGGAGGACCUGCUGAGCCCUCUGGAGGAGUCCGUCAAGGAGCAGAGCGGGACCGUCUACCUGCAGCACGCCGACGAGGAGCGUGAGAAGACCUACAAGCUGGCCGAGAACAUCGACGCACAGCUGAAGCGCAUGGCUCAGGAUCUCAAGGACAUCAUCGAGCACCUGAACACAUCCGGGGGCCCCGCCGACACCAGCGACCCGCUGCAGCAGAUCUGCAAGAUCCUCAACGCACACAUGGACUCCCUGCAGUGGGUCGACCAGAACUCGGCCCUGCUGCAGAGGAAGGUGGAGGAGGUGACCAAGGUGUGCGAGGGGCGGCGCAAGGAGCAGGAGCGCAGCUUCCGCAUCACGUUUGACUGAGCCCCUGGCCGGCUGCCGGGCCGCAGGGUCCCAGUGUGUUCAUUGGGGGGUGCGGUUACUGUCUAGCUUUGGUUUGCAAUGAAAUACUUGUUUGAUUGUCUGUUUCUUUCAAACAGUUGUGCUGUCGAGAGAACUGUUUGUGGUUUGAGUUUUUGCAUUUAUGAGCAGAAGUAUUCUGAGUGUUCUAGUCUGAGUAGCAGCCUAGUAGGUAUGCUUUCUCUGUAUAACUUUUGUUUAUCCCAGGCCCUUUUCUUUUUUUAAAUAUAUUUUUAUUGAUUUUAGAGAGAGGAAGGAAGAGAAAGAGAGGAAGGAAAAACCCCCACACAUUGAUGUGAGAGAGAAGCAUCGAUCCGUUCCCUCCUGCACGCACCCCAACUGGGGAUCAAACCCGCAACCCCGGGUAUGUGCCCUUACUGGGAAUCAAACCUGCAACCUUUCGGUGCACAUGACAACGCUCAACCAACCCAGCCAGGACCCAGACCUUUUUCACCUACUGCAGCCUUCCACCUCAUCCUGCUCACUCCAGCCAAGUGCUGGGAAGUGCCCACUCACCUGAGAGCCGUCUGCCUCCCAGCCCGGGUUUCCCGGGCAGCCUCUCUGUCUACCGCAUAGUCAUAGGUGCUGUGUAGAAAGACUUCGUUCUUGGGGAGACAGCAGCCUGGUGUAAGAGGUGCACAUGUGGAAAUUAGCCACCUGUGCAAAGUGACUUGUGACUAGAACAGGCCAUGAGAUAAUGAAUUUCACAGGAGAGAUAGGGCAGAUAGAUGAGGGACUUGAACAAGAUGUUGACAGAAGGGUCAGACUUGGGCCAGGGGGGUCUUUGUGUUGCCUGCCAGACACACCUCCUCGGCUUUCUGUUCUCUUAAUGUUAGGCCACCCCACAGCCGUGUCAGAUGGCCGUCCUGAGGGCCCGCACCACAGUGAGCUUGCACAGACGACUUGCCACUCUGUGUUGUGCUGACUGUUUACUUCUGUGCCUCCCUGUUAGAUUGUGAGCCCCUGUGGGCAAGGAGUGUUUCUUGUUCCCCUUUGUGUCCUCAGCACAAUCACUGUCAGAUUUAUCAAAUGAGUGAACAAUAGAGAUGAAACCCGGCAUAAAACGUUAGUCCAUAAAAUGCCUGCUGAAACGGCAGAGGCAGCCACAGACUUGGUUCUGAACUCCCGAUGCCGAGGCAACCCUGUCAGUCAGUGAGGUCCAGUGUCUUUCCUGUCUCCACUUGCUGUACUCUGAAAUACCCAGGACUGUAUGUUGCUUUCCUAAAUAAAAUAAAAUUUAUUGUGGAAC